AUGACCCAAGUCAUUGGUGGAACAGGAGCUGAGGCUGAUAGCUCCAUCAUCCCUUCGGGAAGACCGGACCCAGUACCAGAGGGUGAAUUGGUUGCCAUUGGAACGCAUCCAUUCCCAACACUUGUCAUCGAGGUUGGAGUGUCUGAAACUGUAGCAUCGCUUCAUUACAAAGCAAAGCUCUACCUCUCCAACUUCACCGACAUUCAGGUCGUCCUUUGUAUCAAGAUCUUCCCACCGAGAUCUGCCAAUUACAAAUUCAGUGCUUUAGCACUACUCUAUCGAAGGUCGGUCAGUACAGAGACUCCAGUUCAAGUCAUUUCUUUUGGAGCCGUCCCUUAUGAUCUCCCAAUGGCCUAUGCAGUUGAUCAAGGAUUUGGUCAUGCCACAGGAAAUACAAUGGCCGUCAACAUACCUCCUGUAGCAAACAAUCCACUGUAUCUAAUCCAGAUUCCAACUGCAGAAAUCUACAAUGGAGAUAUAAAUGGUGUACCAAACGAUGUUGAAGACAAUGUCACAAUCGAUCUCUUCAAUCUGAUGAUCUUGAUUGAUGACGACUGGAGUUGA